AUGACUGUCGAAAUAUCUGAUUUUUCUAUGGGUCAUUUAUCGCCCAAUACCGAGUUCAAUGAGUCCCCAAAAGAAGACAUCCUCCCUUUUGAAAGCGACAAUUCUCUUCAAAAUAAAUCUUUUACCCUCGAGCAAGAGGAUUCGGAAUCUAAUUCGUGUGAAAAAAAUUCGUAUAUCGCUGAUACCGAGCAAAUCUCGGAGUCUAUAAAAACCUCCCAACAAGGUCCUGAGCCUGAGGCCUCCAACUCGAAAAAUGUCUAUAAAAAGAAAAAAGAAAAAGAUGCGGAUGAUGGGUACUUUUUGUUCGGUUACGUACCAAACUAUACAAUUCCAAUUAUCGGGAUUCAAAUGUCUUAUCCCAUCGAUGUAAUUGGCCGUUAUACCAAACUUGGAUUUAAAGAAGGCGGCAUUACUAAAAAAUCCUUUGCUUCAAUUUUACAAGGAUUUAUUUAUGGUGGGCAAAUCCCAAAGGAUAGCAUCUUCGCAUAUGUACAAUCCUUUAGCACGAAGAAAUAA